AUGUGCGCCCUGCGGGGGCUACUGGGCCUGCUCGCGUUGCUUGUCGCGGCCACCAUGGCCGCGAACACGGCAGGCAGCGAGUGCGGUGACCAGUACAUCCUCAUGAACAAGGCUAUGGGCUGCACGGGUGACCCUUAUUGUUGGAGCUAUCUCGACCCUGCUGCUGUCACCUCCGAGGCCUUUGAGAACGUGACCCGCACCUUUCCAGCCGCGGCCCACAGUCGUCGUCACCUCGGGCUGAGCACUCAGAUUAGCGUCCUUGAUCCCGCCAACUCGACCUAUCUCGCCUUUCUCCAACGGAUUCUCGACAUGGCCUUGCUGACCAAGGUACCCGUGGCCAUAACGCUGGACCCCUUUGAGUUUUGGAACUGGCAAGCACCGUAUUGGAAUCAUUGGAACCAGUCCCAGCCCGGUUUCAACGCCUCCAACUGCCACCACGUGGAAUGGACUGGUUUUGACUGUAACACUGACGCCACGCGAAUUGCUUGGCGGGACUGGGGUGGCCAAUUUCGUGUGGCGCCACACCCAAAUAUUGCCCAUCCAGCUGUGAUGGCCCUGCAUCGCGCCGCCCUAGCGCCCGCCGCCCGCCUCGUUGCCCAGUGGUAUGACCGCCUCACCCCAGACCAGCACUAUCUUCUGGCCUUUGUCAAACCCAUGUGGGAGGUUUGGAUUGGAACCAACUAUUACGUCUACCCCAAUGCCACCCGCUACGUCAACCAACCUGCCAGUGCCGAUCCUACAGGAGGGGUGGCUGACGCUGUGCAGGUCGGCUUUGCCGCCAUCUGCUCCCGCUUCAACCGCUGCAGCGGACCACCGCCCACCACCGCCGAACUCGACGUGAUUGUGCGAGAAUAUGGGCAUGCCCUAGCCACGGUCUUCACCGAGGCCGGUCUGCCGGCAUUUAAGCUGAUGGGCCACAAUGGCGUCAACUGGCCCGAGCUGCCCCCAUCGCAGCACAACGUCACCUUCAAUUCGGCCUGGGCGGGCCUUAACAAUGUCACCUACCCCGGGUUCUCUUUCUACCACGCCGCAUACAAUCCAGGCGCGGCCGCCCAGCACCUCGCUGAUGUGCUGACAGCUAGCCCCCGCCCAUGCUGGGGUGCAGCCGAAUGGUACUACGAGGGCGGCAACACGGGCUCCCGCCAAGAACAGUGGUUCGCCGCCUUUAACAACACAAUGCAAAACAACAACGUCCUUAUUGACGUGUUCAACUGGGAGUCCUUCCACCGUGACCCCGAUGCCGUGGCAGCCCUGAACCAGUUUCUGGCUCUGGCAGAUUCGUCCGUUUGA